AAGGGAAACAGCCGGCGCGGGUAUCAAAGCCCAAAGGGGCUGAGUGACCACUCACAGCGGGAAAGCCCCCCACCCACCCCUCUACUACCACCAGCACCUCCCUCCGGCCACCUCCCUCCCUCCCUCCCUCCCUGACCAAUGGGGUCUGGCCGUGCAGAUUGAUCCAUCCAAUCAAAAGAGCAGCCAGCCCGUCUCCCCCCCCCGACAUUCCAUCCCCGGACCAAGGACCAAGGGUCAAGGGCCGGACCUGCCAUGGACACUGAGAGCUGUCUGGCCUCUUGCCUGGACAAACCCGUCCCCGACCUCGAGGUGAACGACGUGUACGAGAUGGCCAAGCUGAUCGGCACCGAGCUGGAGAAGCUGAUCGACAGCCACGGGAAGAAGGUGGUGGAAGGGCUGAUCCCCAAAAUUGUCCGCGUCCUGGAAAUGCUGGAAAGUUUCGUCACCAGGAGCGGGAACACCGAGCAGGAGUUGAUCCGAGCCUUGGUGAGGUUACAGGACGGGGAGAAAAGCACGGGUCACUACAAGGAUCUGGAACUUAAAACAAACACAUGGCACAAGCCGAUCCAGGAACUACAGAAGCAGAUUUCCCAGCUGACAGAUGAAAACCAGCAUCUCGUUAAUCAGUUGGUUGAGAUUCAGUCCCAAGAAGACAGCCUAUCCAAGAAGGAACGGGAAGUAAUGCUCAAGUUGAAAGAAGUGGUUGACCAACAACGAGAUGAGAUCCGAGCCAAAGGUCAUGAGAUCUAUUGUAAGAACGAAGAUGUUGACGCAAUUGUUUUGUUCCAGCUUCAGCAGCAGUUGGAUCGACUUCUGAAGGUUAACAACGAUUUGCGGCACAAAAUAAACGUGGUUCAAACCCAGCUGAGAAGUGUGCUGGAGAAGAAGGCAGAACUGGAGGUCACAGUGCAGCAAAAGGACAAAGAAAUAGACAGGCUCCAAUCCAACCUGGCUGAGAUCCGCACUGAAAAAGGCACCGACCAAAAGAUCAGCGACGCACCAGCUUUCAACCUGGCUGACAAAAUCAUCAUCGAUGUGACAGAUCCAAACCGGCCCUACUUUACAAAGCAAGAAAUGCGACAGAUUCUGCAUGAGCGCAACGAGCUAAAGGCUAACUUGUUCUUGGUGCAGGAGGAACUAGCUUACUAUCAGAGAGAGAUUCUCAAUGAUGAGAAGUGCCCAGCAAUUUUCAUGGAAGCGAUCAAGGCUGCGAUUAAAAAGCAGAGGAGAAAGGUGAAGGCUAAAAUGUUGGGAAUACAAGAGAACAUGUGCAGCAGCAGUGACGAAGAAGAUAAAGAUGCCCUUUCCCUGCCCUGCUUCUCACAAGAUGAAGUGGAUGCCAAGCCACCAGAGUCGAGAAUCAAAUCCAUGUCACCCUUUACCACACAUCCCCCUCCAGCUGGGAGGGUGGGAUGGUCUGGAUCUCAGACUUUCCCACGACAGGCAACAAUGUCCCUCCAUGACCAGCUGUCACGUGCAAUUCAGGUUUGGAUUUCUUUAUCGCGGUAACAGUGUCAAAACACCAACUACCAAGCCCUCAGCCGAAGCCUGGGAAGUCAUUGGCCACAAGGAAGUGAACUUGUAUGAGGAAUGUUCACAAACCGAAGAAUAAAACUGAGGGAAAAUAUAUCUGUAUAUAUUCUUUUAAUAUAUAUUUAACUUGAUUUACUUGCUGCUUUAAGUACACAGAAUUUAGUUUAAUUUCAUAAAUAUUAACCGGAAUUGACAUUUAAAAAUAAUUUGUGCAAUAAUUUGUAAAGAAUUCAGGUUUUCAAGGCUAUUUUUAAAUAAAUCUUUAUUUAAAAAAAACUUCUAGCAUUCCUUACGUAAAAAAAUUAAUGGGAAGACCUGCACGUAAUGAGAUCUAAUCUAUUUGCUGUGAUCUCUGUUUAAAUAUGAUGCACAAUUUGGUUACAGUACUGGGCUGAAGGUGGUGACAAUUUUGGGUGAUCUGCCAUUUUGUAAAAUCAAAUUAGUGGGUGAUUUUUCAAUAUUUGGGAGGGGACGUUGGUGGCAUAAAUUUGCCUGUUUGUUUGGGUUACUGCACCAGUUUGGCUGAUUUAUCAGGUCAGAUUACUGGGUCACCUUUGAGAUACUUUUUUCAGUUUUAUAACCUGAGCCCGGUGUAGGGCGUGACUUCAGUUUGGGUAAUUUGACAGUUUGCACGAGUUUUCAUAUUUGGAUGGUUUUGCAAGGACGGUAAACUAGCAAGUUUUGGUAUCAAAUUAGUUUAAAGCCUACCAUGGCAAGUUGUGAAAUAUGAAUUCAAUAAAUCUGAUAGUUUCUGAACCAGCACCUUGCAAGUUAUUUAAGAACCUAAGAAAUGGGAGCAGGAGUAGACGUAGAGCACAGGACCCAUCGAGCCUGUUCCGCCAUUCAAUACGAUCAUGGCUGAUCUGGGCUUCAACUCCACUUUUCCACUUGCUCCCCAUAUCCUUUAAUUCCCUGAAACACCAAAAAUCUGACAAAUCCCGUGCCAGUGAGUGGAGUCAUAUAGUUAAGACCUUAUGACUGUGCACUGCACUUCCCAGCAAUUUGGAUCAGCAGUACCUGUUAUCAGCACUACUACAAAGCACAGAUUGAAAUAAUGUUUUAUAAAUAUAACACUAGAAAGUGAAGACAAGAAUAUCAAUUUGCGUACUAGAAAACAAAAUAGCAUGGCAUCCUACCAAGAUGUACUUAUUACUAUAUGAAGUAGAAAACUAUUUAAUUGUAAAUAAAUAUUAGGUUUCAACGAUAAAGAUUUGGACUGAGCUGAUCAUAGAACAGUACAGCACAAGGCAGCCAUUUGUCUUUCAAUCCAGCUGGCACCCUCUCUAAGUUUUUUCUUCAAGUUGUUAUCCAAUUACCUUUUUGAAAGGGGCUAAUGAAUCUGGUUCCACUACCCCAUCAGACAACGUAUUGCAAACCCUAACCACUCGCUGCAUAAAAACAUUAUUCCUCAUGAUAUCUGUACCUUUCACCAAUUACCAUAAAUCUGAAGAGGAGUCAUACGGGCUUGAAAUGUUAACUCUAUUUCUCUCUCCACAGAUGCUGCCGGACUCACUGAGCUUUUCCAGCACUUUGUUUUUAUUUCAGAUUUCCAGCAUCUGCAGUAUUUUGCUUUUAGCUUUUAUCAUAAAUCUGUGUCCUGUUAUCCAUCCGUAAACCACUGGAAACAGUUUCUUUAUCUAAACCCUUAAAUUUUAUAUGUCAAUAAAAUAUCUUUUUUCUGCCACAUUGAAUUUAGUAGCUUGCUGCAAGGCUGUUAAAUCCAGUAAAGAGAUUAUUGCAAGUAAAUUAAUAAUUAACCCUCAACACAUCUAUUUUAAGGGUAGAAUCCAGAAAAGAUGUAAAAGUUUUGUUUUUGGGAACCAGGGUUGUAUUGUUUAGAAUGAGGCAUUUUGGCAAAAAUAUGGAAUCGUUCUGAUACCAGAGAAUCUUCAUUGAGAGCCUUUGAAAAAAAAUAAAUGCAUUCUUCAAAAA